GCAAAGAUAUAAUAAACAGUAACUUUUAAAAUAUUAUGCGAAUGUGAUAUUAGUUUAUAUAUUUUAACUACUCAAUAGUUUACCUUUACAAAAAAAAAGUUUAGUCAAGAUCAUUAUUUAUAAUAUAAACAAAGACUGGUCGUAAAAUAACGAGAAAAAAAUGGUUUCGGAAGCGUGGAAGUACUUUAAUAAAGUUGUGGUAAAUGAUAAGAAGUAUGGAGAUUGCAAAAAAUGUCAUAAAAGAAUCGCUUGUCUAGGAAGCAGCACAAACGGCCUUAUUGGACACGUCAAAAGUUGCGAGAAAAUAGAUUUGAAACCAUUCAGUUCCAGACCAGUUUUGACUAAAAUGUCAUUAAACGAUCUUCUUGCCAAGUUGACAGCUCUUGAUGGGUAUUCGAUUAGGUCCAUAACUCAAUCUGAAACACUAAGAAUGCUUUUUGAAAAUUACGGGCAUAGUUUGCCUAAGUCAGCGUCCGCAAUUUCAGAAAAAAUUAAGAUGUUUCAUGCUGAAGCCAAAUACUUAAUGAUCGCUGAAUUGGCUGCAUUGAAAGCAAAAGGAGAAAAAUUUGGACUAACAGGUGACGAAUGGUGUAGCAAUAGAGGUAGAAGAUACUACAAUUUAAAUGUUCAUCACGACAGAACGUAUUUUUUAGGAAUGAUGAGAUUGCCAUCUCCUAAUUCUGCUGAAACAUUAAACAUUUUGAUAAUGGAAAAAUUAAAAGAAUUUGGUAUAGAUAGUGAAGAUAUUGCAGGUAAAACUACGGAUGGCUGUAGUUAG